AUGGGGGGCGCACGGGCCUGGGCGACCAAGGCGACGGCCCGUGGAACCGACGCAGAAGAAAAUGCUCGCCAGCAGGCCCCUGUCGUCUCAGAGGCCCUUGGCAAGGUCGGCGACAUCCUUCGGCAGCUCGCGGAGAUCCCUGCGAAGCUGAGCUUGGCCAACAGCGCCGAGCUGCGCGACGCGUGCGGAGUCAUCUACACCAUUUGUCUCAUCAUGUCCGAUCAGCCUUCGACGCAGGCAGUCGAGUGCCGCAAAGAGAUCGAGACCUACUGGGCGGAGACGCUCGUGCUCAUGCCGCUCGAGCGCAUCGGAGAACGCGCCCGCCACUGCCGCGUCGAAUCGAAGGCGGAGCGGACGCGCCUCGCGUCUGUCGUGGGCGGAGAGUUCACGUCGCUGGAGAAGAAUCCGAUUCGGUACCUCGUGAGCGCCGGCGGCGAGCGCAGGCUGGGCCCAGAUCCCCGCGGCGCGCUGGAGCGCGAGGCGCCCCGGCUGCUGGAGAGGCCCGGCGAGGGCAAGGCAGAGAAGAAGCAGGAGGAUGAGUAG